AUGAAAUGGGUAACACUCCUUAAGGACUUCAAGGAAAAGGUUGGGCUUUCGCAGACUCCGUCCGCUUCGUCUUCUCCUUCUCCUUCAUCAUCACCGUUCAAGGAUGUUAAUGACAGUAGCAGCAGUGCCCAAUCAUCCAGCCAAGAUUACACAUCAUCGUCUUCAAGAGACAGACAUGAACUGGAAUUGGAUUUCAAGAGUUAUUGGGAAGAGUUCCGUUCAUCUAGUUCUGAAAAGGACAAAGAAAAGGCCUUGAAUUGGACUGUAGAUAUAUUUUGUAGAUUAGUGAAGCAGCACACAAAUAUAACUCAAUUAAUUACCAUGUUAGUAGAGACGCACAUAUUUUCUUUUGUAGUGGGAAGAGCAUUUGUAACAGAUAUUGAAAAGUUGAAGCUUAGCAGUAAAACAAGAUCUUUGGAAGUUGAUAAAGUUUUAAACUUUUUCUCUACAACCACGAAGGAUGACAUCAAUCCAGGAGCAAAUUUAUUAUAUGCAGUUGAAGUCCUUGUAUCUGGGACUAUCGACAAACAAUCUUUUCUCGACUCUGGGAUCUUAUGCUGUCUCAUUCAUGUCCUAAAUGCUCUUGUUGCUCCUGAUGUGGGCAAUCAGAGACUACAGCUGAAAAAUGAUGGGAAGCUUAUAAAAGCAGAUGUAAAGCACGAUGGAGAGACUAGAGCUGCACGGCGGCUUGAGGUAGAGGGAAGUGUUGUACAUAUCAUGAAAGCAUUGGCAAGCCAUCCUUCAGCUGCUCAAAGUCUCACAGAAGAUAAUUCACUCCAGUUACUCUUUCAAAUGGUUGCCAAUGGUUCCUUGGUGGUGUUUUCCCACUAUAAGGAGGGUCUUGUUCCCUUGCAUACCAUUCAACUUCACCGACAUGCUAAACAGAUACUUGGUCUUCUUUUGGUCAAUGACAAUGGCAGCACAGCCAAGUAUAUACGCAAGCACCAUCUGAUAAAAGUACUACUAAUGGCCGUGAAGGAUUUCAAACCUGAUUGUGGAGAUCCCGCAUACACAAUGGGCAUCGUGGACGUGCUUCUUGAAUGUGUUGAGUUGUCAUAUAGGCCAGAGGCUGGUGGUACAAGACUCAGGGAGGAUAUUCACAAUGCUCAUGGCUAUCAAUUCCUGGUCCAAUUUGCUUUGGCUCUCUCCAAGAAUCAAGACGGCCUAUCUUUUUACUCCAAGCCGCUUUCUGAACAAGACUCCAAUUCAGAGAAUUUGCAUUUGGCACAUGAGAUAGAGAGGAAGGAGUCAAGCGAAGGAGGAAACCACUCAUCACGAAAUCUCCUCUCUCCUACACUUUCUAGGCUGCUUGAUGUCAUUAUUAGUUUCACUCAAACAGGCCUUUCUGAUGCUUCAUCUGGACUAAAAAAUUCGAAAUUUACUCAGGCAAGGCCUAGUGGGCAUGGCAGAAGUCGUACAUCGUCAUCUGACCGAAUAACUGAUGAAAUUUGGGAGAAAGAUACUGACAAAGUCAAAGAUUUAGAGGCUGUUCAGAUGUUACAGGACAUUUUAAUCAAAGCUGAAAGUAGGGAACUGCAGGCUGAAGUACUGAAUAGAAUGUUCAAAAUAUUCUCUAGUCAUCUUGAAAACUACAAAUUGUGUCAGCAGCUGCGCACAGUACCCCUUUUGAUCCUCAAUAUGGCUGGCUUCCCCCCAUCUCUACAAGAGAUAAUCUUGAAAAUUCUCGAAUAUGCUGUAACGGUUGUGAAUAUCAUCCCUGAACAAGAGUUGCUUUCUCUUUGCUGCUUAUUGCAGCAACCAAUAACCUCUGAAUUAAAGCACACGAUUUUGUCUUUCUUUGUUAAACUUUUGUCGUUUGAUCAACAAUACAAGAAAAUCCUAAGGGAAGUUGGUGUACUAGAGGUUCUGUUAGAUGAUCUAAAGCAGCAUAAGUUUCAGUUGGGUCCAGAGCAUCUUAACUGUGAUCCUGCUCCGUUGGAGAGAGAAGCUAGCUCAAGCAGCUUCAAGAAACAUUUGGACAAUAAGGAUUCAAUUCUUUCCUCUCCAAAACUCUUAGAAUCUGGUUCUGGGAAAUUUCCCCUUUUCGGAGCAGAGGGCACAAUUGCAGUUGCAUGGGAUUCUUUAGUAUUCUUAUUGAAGAAGGCAGAGGCUAAUCAAGCACUAUUUCGUUCUGCUAAUGGCGUGUCUAUCAUCCUUCCAUUUUUGGUUUCGGAUAUUCAUCGUCCAGGUGUUCUACGGGCGUUAUCAUGUUUAAUUAUUGAGGAUGCCAAACAGGCUCACCCAGAAGAAUUGGGAUCAUUGGUAGAAAUUCUAAAAAGUGGGAUGGUUACAAGUUCUUUGGGAUCUCAAUACCGACUUCAAGACAAUGCAAAAUUUGAUACUUUUGGAGCCUUAUGGCGCAUUCUAAGGGCUAAUAGCUCAGCUCAGAGGGUCUUUGGUGAAGCAACUGGCUUUUCUCUUCUGCUAACGACCCUCCAUUUUUUUCAGAGUGAUGGAGAACAGAAAAAUCAAGCUUCUAUAAUUGUAUGCAGUAAGGUGUUUACGUACUUGUUGCGUGUAAUGACAGUAGGGGCUUGUGACAGUGGUGUUAACAGGACAAAGUUGCAUACUGUCAUAUCUUCCCAGACCUUUUAUGAUCUUCUCUCCGAUUCUGGUUUGAUUUGUGUUGAAUAUGAGCGUCAAGUAAUACAGUUGCUGCUGGAACUUGCUCUAGAAAUGGUAAUUCCACCAUUCCUUGCAUCAGAAACGGCUACAGUUUCUGAUGAUGCCAAAAAUGAAUCAGCUAAUUUUCUUCUUGUCACACCUGCGGGUUCUUUCAUUCCUGAUAAAGAACGGGUUUACAAUGCUGCUGCUGUGAGAGUGCUUAUACGUGCUUUAUUGCUCUUUACUCCAAAGGUGCAAUUAGAAUUGCUUAACCUUAUCGAAAAGCUUGCUCGUGCUAGUUCCUUCAAUCAGGAAAACCUUACAUCUGUAGGUUGUGUGGAACUUUUACUGGAGACAAUAUGCCCCUUCAUAUCGAGCUCUUCGCCACUAGUAUCUCAUAGUUUGAAGAUUGUGGAACUUCUUGGGGCGUAUAGGUUGUCAGUAUCAGAACUCAGAAUUCUUGUUAGGUAUAUUUUGCAAAACAGACUCAAGAGUUCUGGCCAUUCUCUUGUUGAAAUGAUGGAAAAUUUGAUGCUUUCUGAAGAUAAGGGUUCAGAAGAUGUCUCUCUAGCACCCUUUGUAGAGUUUGACAUGAGCAAGAUUGGCCAUGCUUCGAUUCAAGUGCCACUAGGGGAAAGAUCAUGGCCUCCUGCUGCUGGCUAUUCCUUUGUUUGUUGGUUUCAAUAUCAAAAUCUCUUAAACUCACAGACAAGGGAAAUAGAAGUUCCAAAAGCUGGAAUUUCCAAAAGUCACAGUAUAACAAGUGGACUGCAACAUGGACCACAGUUUCUUCAAAUAUUCUCCGUCGGGGCAGUGGACAAUGGAAGCCCCUUUUAUGCUGAACUUCGUCUUCAGGAGGAUGGUGUUCUAACCCUUGCAACGAGCAACUCUUCAUCCUUGUCUUUUUCUGGGUUUGAAAUGGAAGAAGGUAGGUGGUAUCACCUUUCAGUUGUGCACAGCAAACCAAAUGCUUUGGCAGGACUGUUUCAACCUAGUGUUGCUCAUAUAUAUUUGAAUGGAAAGCUAAGACACACUGGUAAACUUGGAUAUUCUCCCUCUCCAGCUGGAAAGUCUCUCCAUGUGACUAUUGGGACACCUGUCGCUUGUGCAAGGAUCAGUGAUUUGUCGUGGAAGCUCAGAUCUUGUUAUCUUUUUGAAGAGGUCCUCCCACCUGCUUCUAUAUGUUUUAUGUAUAUUCUUGGGAGGGGAUAUCGGGGGAUAUUCCAAGAUACUGAUCUGUUACAGUUUGUCCCAAAUCAGGCCUGUGGUGGGGGUAGUAUGGCUAUUUUGGAUUCUUUGGAUGUCGACUUGCCUCUGCCUUCUAACAUGCAGAAGGCUGAGACUACUAGCAAGCAAGGAAUCUCCAAGGCAGAUCGCAGUGGAUUUGUUUGGGAUAUAGAAAAAUUGGGGAACCUCUCUUUGCAGUUGUGUGGUAAGAAACUCAUAUUUGCUUUUGAUGGAACAAGUACAGAAGUCUUUCAGGCAUCUGGAACUUUAUCCAUGCUCAAUCUAGUGGAUCCAACAUCAGCUGCUGCAUCUCCUAUGGGGGGUAUACCACGCUUUGGUCGACUUCUUGGGGAUAUCUAUGUCUGUAAACAUUGUGUCAUUGGUGAUGCAAUCCAAUCUAUCGGUGGAAUGGCUGUUGUCCUUGCUCUUGUUGAAGCUGCUGAAACGAGGGACAUGCUUCACAUGGCUUUGACAUUGCUUGCAAGUGCCCUUCAGCAGAAUCCUCAGAAUGUAAGAGACAUGCAGAAGUACAGAGGAUAUCAUUUGCUUUCACUUUUUCUUCAUCGCAAAAUGUCAUUGUUUGACAUGCAGUCACUUGAGAUCUUUUUUCAAAUUGCUGCGUGCAAGGCUUCAUUUUCUGAACCAAAGAAAGCUGGAGCCUCACAGAGCUCCCCAGUACCUGCUGCAACUAUUAGUGAAGCCAGCUUUGACGAUCUUAAUUUAGCCAAGUUCCGCGAUGAAUUUUCUUCCGUUGGGUCUCACAGAGAUAUGGAUGAUUUCUCUGCACAGAAAGAUUCAUUCAGUCAUGCAUCGGAGCUGGACAACACCGAUAUGCCCACUGAAACUUCUAAUUGCGUUGUUCUGUCAAAUGCUGAUAUGGUUGAACAUGUCUUGUUGGACUGGACUCUCUGGGUGACUGCUCCAAUUCCGAUUCAGAUUGCUUUACUAGGAUUUCUUGAGAAUCUAGUCUCCAUGCAUUGGUAUAGGAAUCAUAACCUUACGAUUCUUCGCAGAAUUAACCUUGUUCAGCAUUUACUUGUGACUCUACAGAGGGGUGAUGUUGAAGUGCCAGUAUUGGAGAAGCUAGUUGUCUUGUUGGGGGUCAUCUUGGAGGAUGGGUUCCUUCCUUCUGAAUUGGAACUUGUUGUUAGGUUUGUGAUUAUGACAUUUGAUCCACCUGAACUGAGUUCACGCCAUCAAAUUGUGCGAGAAUCAAUGGGCAAGCAUGUCAUUGUAAGAAAUAUGUUGCUUGAGAUGCUGAUUGAUCUGCAGGUGACUAUUCAAUCUGAGGAGUUACUUGAGCAGUGGCAUAAAAUCGUGUCAUCUAAAUUAAUUACUUAUUUUCUUGACGAAGCUGUUCAUCCUACCACUAUGAGAUGGGUCAUGACUCUUUUAGGUGUGUGUCUUGCAUCUUCUCCUACAUUUACUCUUAAGUUUCGCUCCAGUGGAGGUUAUCAAGGUUUGGCCAGGGUGCUUCCAAGUUUUUACGACUCCCCUGAUGUAUACUAUAUUUUGUUUUGUCUGAUUUUUGGCAAGCCUGUAUAUCCAAGAUUACCAGAAGUCCGUAUGCUUGACUUUCAUGCCCUCCUGCCAAGUAAUGGAAACUGUGGAGAAUUGAAAUUUGUGGAACUGUUGGAAUCUGUGAUCGCAAUGGCAAAAUCAACAUUUGACAGGUUAUGCAUGCAGUCGAUGUUUGCACACCAAACUGGCAAUCUUUCUCAGGUGGGUGCUAGCCUUGUUGCAGAGCUAGUGGAUGGAAAUUUAGACAUGGCUGGAGAGCUUCAAGGUGAAGCGCUGUUGCACAAAACCUAUGCUGCUCGCCUGAUGGGUGGAGAGGCAUCCGCACCUGCAGCUGCCACUUCGGUCCUCAGAUUUAUGGUCGAUCUAGCGAAAAUGUGCCCCAUCUUUUCAGAUGUCUGCAGACGAACUGAGUUUCUUGAAAGCUGUAUUGACCUGUACUUUUCCUGUGUCAGGGCUGCCAAUGCUGUAACAUUGGCAAGAGAACUCGCUGUAAAAAUGGAAGACAAUAAUUUGAAUGAUGCUGAUGAUACUAGUAGUUCCCAGAAUACAUUUUCUAGCUUGCCUAAUGAACAGGAACAGUCAUUAAAGACCUCUACCAAUAUAGGUAGCUUUCCUCAAGGGCAGGUUAGUGCUAGUUCGGAAGAUAUUCCUGUUUUCCCAGAUAAUGUGGGUGGUGAUAAACCAGAGAUUAGUGUUGUCUCAACCCAGGAGGGAUUGAACGAGUCCGUAAAAGAUGUGCAAGUUGUGUUGAGUGAUGAUGGUGAAGCAGUUGACCAGGUCUCCAAUUCUACUUCUAGCAGUAAUGAUUUUAAUUGCCGCGAUGUGAAUAGCACACCAGAUAACAUCCUCCCGGAUGAUUCACAGAGUUCUGCUUCUUUCACCAUGGUUGAAUCCCCUAUUUUAUCUGAGAGAUCUAACUUGAGGAUUCCACUCACUCCCUCUUCGUCCCCAGUUAUAGCAUUGGCAUCUUGGUUGGGUGGCGCCCCUCGCAAUGAAUCAAAAGGCCAGACUGCAUCCACUCCGUCUGUAGAGUCAUCUACGUCCAUGAAUGAAAUUGAUUCUUCUUCAGACUUAAUGAAGUCAAGUUCUCAGGGACUUGCUUCAAACACACCGUUCACUAUUAGUCCCACUCUUCUUCUCCAAGUGGAUGAUUCUGGCUAUGGAGGCGGCCCUUGUUCUGCUGGAGCUACUGCUAUUUUAGAUUUUAUGGCAGAAGUUCUUUCUGAUUUUGUGACUGAACAAAUGAAAGCUGCACCAGUGGUAGAGACUAUUUUGGAAAGUGCACCUCUUUAUGUUGAUGCUGAAUCUGUUUUAGUUUUUCAGGGAUUAUGCCUUACUAGAUUGAUGAACUUCCUAGAAAGACGUCUCUUGCGGGAUGACGAGGAAAAUGAGAAAAAGCUUGAUAAGAGUCGCUGGUCCUUGAACUUAGAUGCACUAUGUUGGAUGAUAGUGGAUCGUGUAUACAUGGGAGCUUUUCCUCAGCCAGCCGGUGUAUUGAAGACUCUGGAGUUCUUGCUAUCUAUGUUACAGUUGGCAAACAAAAAUGGUCGGAUUGAAGAUGCAGUUCCGAGCGGCAAAGGAAUUCUUUCUAUUGGAAGAGGAAGCAGGCAACUUGAUACUUAUAUACAUGCACUUUUUAAAAAUAUGAAUCGAAUGAUAUUAUUCUGUUUCCUGCCGUCAUUCUUGAUCAGCAUUGGAGAAGAUGAUCUUCUUUCACACUUGGGUUUGCGGAAUGAGCAAAAGAAAAGAUUGACUACUAACUCAGCAGAGGAUGGAGGGGUUGAUAUCUUCACAGUUUUACAGUUACUGGUUGCCCACAGGCGACUAAUAUUUUGUCCCAGUAAUCUUGACACUGAUCUCAAUUGCUGUCUCUGUGUAAAUUUGAUCUCUCUUCUUAAUGAUCAGAGACAAAAUGCACGGAAUAUGGCUGUUGACAUUCUCAAGUAUCUUCUGGUACAUCGUAGGGCUACACUUGAAGACUUGCUUGUAUCUAAACCAAAUCUAGGGCCACCUUUGGAUGUUCUACAUGGUGGAUUUGAUAAGCUUUUGACUGGAGGUUUGUCCGAAUUUUUUGAGUGGCUUCAUAGUUCUGAACAGGUUGUGAAUAAAGUGUUGGAACAGUGCUCUGCCAUAAUGUGGGUACAGUACAUAACAGGGUCAACAAAGUUUCCUGGAGUGAGGAUAAAAGGCAUGGAUAGUCGUCGUAAGAGAGAAAUUGGGAGAAAAUCCCGUGACACCUCAAAACUAGACCUAAGACAUUGGGAGCAGGUGAAUGAACGAAGAAUCGCACUCGAAUUGGUUCGUGAAGCGAUGGCUACUGAACUAAGAGUUAUUCGUCAGGAUAAGUAUGGAUGGGUCCUUCAUGCUGAAAGUGAGUGGCAAACUCAUCUUCAACAACUUGUACAUGAGAGAGGAAUAUUCCCAAUUUGUAAAUCUUCCACGAAUAAAGAGCCCGAGUGGCAGCUUUGCCCCAUUGAAGGUCCAUAUAGGAUGCGCAAAAAAAUGGAACGGUGCAAAUUAAAGAUUGAUUCUAUUGAAAAUAUUCUGAAUGGACAGUUUGAGUUAGGGGAAGGAGAACUGUUCAAGGAGAAAACUGAAAAUGAACUCAAUGCCGCUAAUACUGACUUGGAUCCUAUUUUCAAUCAUCUAAACGAUAAGACAAAAGAAGACUCUUUUAAUGCUGAGCUGUAUGAUGAAUUGAUUUCGAAAGAAUCUGAUGAUGCUCAAGAUGUAGCUUUUAAUGGGGUUGGAUGGAAUGAUGAUCGUGGUAGUAGUAUAAAUGAAGCAAGUCUUCAUUCAGCUGCUGAAUUUGGUAUCAAGUCCAGUGGUGCCUCCACUCAAAGAGCAGACAGUAUGUAUGGAAAGUCUGAUCUUGGAUCUCCGAGGCAUUCUUCUUCAAUAAAAAUUGAUGAGGUUAGAAUUGCAGAGGAAAAAUCAGACAAAGAACUGAACGAUAAUGGUGAAUACUUGAUUAGACCUUAUCUCGAACCUCUCGAAAAAAUUAAGUACAAGUAUAACUGUGAAAGAGUGGUGGAUCUGGAUAAGCAUGAUGGUAUUUUUCUGGUUGGAGAACUAUCACUAUACGUUAUCGAGAAUUUUUACAUUGACGAUUCUGGAUGCAUAUAUGAAAAAGAGAGUGAAGAUGAUCUCUCUGUCAUUGAUCAGGCCUUGGGUGUAAAAAAAGAUUUCUCUAUGGAUUCCAAUUCGAAGUCAACUUCAUCCUGGUGUGCUACGGCGAAGGUCUUAGCUGGGGGUAGGGCAUGGGCGUAUAAUGGUGGUGCAUGGGGUAAGGAAAAGGUAUGUACUAGUGGGAAUGUGCCCCAUUUUUGGCAUAUGUGGAAGCUUGAUAGCGUUCAUGAGCUUCUGAAGCGUGAUUAUCAACUUCGCCCCGUUGCUAUCGAGAUUUUCAGCAUGGAUGGUUGUAAUGACCUUUUGGUUUUCCACAAAAAGGAGAGAGAAGAAGUUUUCAAAAAUUUGGUGGCCAUGAAUCUGCCAAGAAACAGCAUAUUAGACACAACGAUAUCUGGGUCAACAAAACAGGAAAGCAAUGAGGGCAGCCGUCUUUUUAAGGUUAUGGCAAAAUCCUUUUCCAAGAGGUGGCAAAAUGGAGAAAUUAGCAAUUUUCAGUACCUCAUGCAUCUCAACACGCUGGCAGGUCGUGGGUACAGUGAUCUCACCCAGUAUCCAGUGUUCCCCUGGGUUUUGGCAGAUUAUGAGAGUAAAAAUCUGGAUUUUUCAGAUCCUAAAACAUUCCGUAACCUUGGUAAACCUAUGGGUUGUCAAACAUUCGAGGGAGAAGAGGAGUUCAGGAAGAGAUAUGAGAGCUGGGAUGAUCCAGAGGUUCCCAAAUUUCAUUAUGGUUCUCAUUAUUCCAGUGCUGGAAUCGUUCUCUUCUACCUUUUACGCCUGCCACCAUUCAGCGUUGAGAAUCAGAAACUGCAGGGGGGACAAUUUGACCAUGCUGAUCGUCUUUUCAACAGUGUAGGAGAUACUUGGUUGAGUGCUGCUGGGAAAGGCAAUACAUCAGAUGUAAAGGAAUUAAUUCCAGAAUUCUUCUAUUUGCCUGAAUUCCUGGAAAACAGGUUCAAUCUUGACUUGGGUGAGAAACAAUCAGGAGAGAAGGUUGGUGACGUGUUGUUACCUCCAUGGGCAAAGGGCAGUGCUAGAGAAUUCAUCAGGAAGCACAGGGAAGCACUGGAAUCUGAUUAUGUUUCGGAGAAUCUGCAUCACUGGAUAGACCUCAUCUUUGGAUAUAAACAGAGAGGGAAGGCUGCUGAAGAAGCUGUGAAUGUCUUCUACCACUAUACAUAUGAAGGCAGUGUUGAUAUAGACUCGGUCACUGAUCCUGCAAUGAAAGCCUCUAUUCUGGCACAAAUUAAUCACUUUGGACAAACGCCAAAACAAUUGUUCUUGAAGCCCCACGUGAAAAGACGAACGGACAGAAAGCUUCCUCCCCAUCCACUCAAGCAUUCACCGUUUCUAGUACCUCAAGAGAUUCGUAAGAGCUCAUCUUCUAUUUCUCAAAUUGUGACUGUUGGAGACAAGAUUUUAAUGGCUGGUACAAAUAACUUGCUGAAACCCAGAACUUUUACGAAAUAUGUUGCUUGGGGUUUUCCUGAUCGUAGCUUGAGAUUUGUGAGUUAUGAUCAAGAUAGGCUUCUUUCUACUCAUGAGAAUCUUCAUGGAGGCAACCAAAUCCAGUGUGCCAGUUCAAGCCAUGAUGGUCAGGUUUUAGUUACAGGGGCGGACGAUGGUUUGAUUUGUGUUUGGAGAAUUGGCAAAGACGGACCACGUGUUCUUCGGCACCUGCAGUUAGAGAAGGCUCUUUGUGCCCAUUCGGGUAAAAUUACGUGCCUUCAUGUUAGCCAGCCUUACAUGAUGAUUGUGAGUGGAUCGGAUGAUUGUACUGUUAUCAUAUGGGAUCUUAGCUCCUUGGCUUUCAUUAGGCAACUUCCUGAGUUCCCUUCACCUGUUUCUGCUAUAUAUGUGAAUGACUUGACUGGGGAGAUUGUGACUGCAGCUGGUGUGAUGCUUUCUGUUUGGAGCAUUAACGGGGACUGUCUUGCAGUGGUCAAUACAUCACAACUUCCAUCCGACUUCAUUCUCUCACUAACGGGUUCUACAUUCUCUGAUUGGUUGGAAACUAACUGGUAUGUCUCGGGUCACCAGAGUGGGGCCAUCAAGGUCUGGAAAAUGGUUCAUCGUUCGAGCGAGGAUUCUGCCCAAAUCAAACAGACUGGAAAUUUGACAGGAGAGCUAGUGCUUGCAGGUAAAGUUCCCGAGUACAGGUUGGUCCUGCAUAAGGUUUUAAAAUCUCAUAAGUAUCCCGUUGCUGCCCUCCACCUUUCUGGUGACCUCAAGCAGUUGUUGAGCGGGGAUUCUGAUGGCCAUCUGAUUUCAUGGACAUUACCUGAUGAAAGCUUCAGAUCUUCAAUUAGUCAGGGAUGA